CUAUCGCUCCCUCGUUUUUUUUCAUUCACUUUUCGUUUUAACGUCGGGCAGUGACACUCGGCCGGGGGAUAAACUAUUUAUUUAUAUGGUUGAAUCGCGGGUUUUCGUGUCGAUGUUGUUUCGCACGGGGUUGAGUGACACCACUGGGUGAAUGGAUUUAUCACGCAUUAUGAAAGUGCUGAGACCCAGCAUUGCGUCGUUUGAUGAGCCAUCAUUCAACUUUUUUUUUUUCACCGAUAACUGAAAGUACGCCUGUUACCCACGACCAAUUACCCCCACAGCCAACACUGUCAACUUUGGGCCGAAGGAAGUCUCCAGAGAGUUGCGUCCUCUCGUUGAGGAGAUUAUAAUUGCACGGAAUGAAGGACAUGCGCUGGCCCUUCUGUCUUUCCGUGUUAACGGUAACUGCUGUACUGUGUUGUCGUCAAAGUGAAUUCCAGUGCGGAAACGGACGUUGUGUAUCCCUCAAUAAAGUCUGCAAUGCACUAGACGACUGCGGGGAUGGGAGUGAUGAGCAACGAGCCUGCUCACCUUGCAAUAAGACGUACUAUGGAGAUAUAGGGAAAACUUAUUACCUCGAGUUGCAUCGACCGAAGGAGGACAAGGUGCCUUACUUCUGCAAGCUGACGUUCAAUGCCCCUGGAAAGGAGUUCGGGGAUAUCGUUCAGCUGACCUUCGACAGUUUCACCCUUGGGAAAUUCGUGUCCUUUACGGUGGAAGGAUGUCCCGAUGGAUCAUUGCAAAUAUCGGAAGCGCAGAGACCCGAUGUCGGUGGCGUAUGGUGCGGCACAUCGUGGGGCCCCGCUAUUUACUACAGCGAAACACCGGUUGUUACGAUUUCCCUGAAGCUCCUGAGGCUCAGUCAGGAUCAAACGGGCUUCAACUUCGAUUUUCGCAUGGCGUACAAGAUGAUCAAGAGGUCCGAUGCCGUUGUCAGAUACGGAAAUCCAUUCGUCGAAUUCGCGUCGUAUCUCACAAAAUCAACGCCAAGGCCCACCACCGCCAUGAGUUUUCCCAUCGAAUACGCGAACACAAGCGUGAGUUCGUCGGUGAAAAUAACGGAGAAGGUAAAGCCGACUGUUGCCACCCCUGAGCAGCAGUAUCUUGGGGAUCUGAUCUCGGGGACUUAUUGCUCGAGAAUAUUCAGCGACUGCGAUAAACGGAAGUGUCGGCUACAGUCGCCCAAUUUUCCUGGGCUUUAUCCACGCAAUCUCACGUGCUACUAUGCGGUGCGACAGCACGAAGUGCCGCCGGGCAAACACGCACUCAUAACCGUUCGCCAGCCGAGGGGUCAACUUAUUGCCGUGCGUGCUAGACCAGCUAAUCAGGCUGAGCCACCACCAAGAGAGCUUAAAUUGUGGCAGGACUGCGAUAUCGUUCAGGACUACGUAACAGUGUACGAUGGCUACACCACUCGAGACCCAGUGAUCCUCAAGUUUUGUGGUGGUGGUGAACCUGUGCCGGAGGCAACGAGCAGCGAGGCAGAAAUUCUCGUUGAGUUUACCACAUCACCCUAUGGAACUUUUCUCCAUCCCACACCACCCCACUCACUCCAUGGCUUUCAACUUGAAGUCCAGGUGAAAUUCGUAGACGCUGAGUCGCCCGAAUACGCGAAAAACAAACGCUGCGAAUUCUGGCUGAAGGGGAACAGUGGAGGUGUCCUGGCAUCUCCGCGUCACACGUUGCCACGAAACACGACUUGUCUGUAUCACCUGCGUGGUGCUGGGCCUGUGAUGCCCAGUCCCACACCACCAAGACCACUGCCAAAAUUCCCGGAAACUAGACCUGGCACUGUCUGGAGAAAACCCGCGCCAAAACCGGCGCAGCCGCAGUUUCGCAUUUGGAUGUCAAUUCUCAAAUUUCAUGUUGGGAAUAUUCCCACUACUAGUGAUGAUGAUUGCAGUACUACAAUGCUCGUCUGGGAUGGGGAUAUUUUUCCACUGUCUGAGUGCAAUGAUAUAUCUUGCGGAAAGGAGAGACAGAGAUAUAUGGACAGAACUGGGGAUUUAAUACCACAGAGUGGAGGUAGACCAGCGGCAAACACAACACUGUUGGCUAGAUACUGCAAGGACAAACUACCGAAAACGUGUGAUCACUUGAUUUUGCAGAAUACGAGUAGACCGUGUACAUUAGGGGAAAGUUUCAUUUCCUCGGGGAACAGUAUGACUAUUGAAAUACGCAUGACCGAGUCCACAGCCCUCAGACCAGUGAAUUUCCGCGCACUCUACGAAUUCGUGGAUCUUCAUCAGGAUGGAGAUCCUUACGGGACAGGACCCUGUUCUAGAGUAUUCUAUAGCAGAAAUCGUGAUCAAUACGCUGACCGACGGUUUCAGGCUCCGAGGGAUAUAUUCUUGUAUGGAAGGGGUGGCGCUAAGAAUUUAAGCUGCGUGUAUCGGUUCGAAGGAGAGCAGGAUGAGAUCGUCAAACUGAGGUUCAACAAAUUGCUGAAUGGAAAUCACUCCUGCAAAAGCGUGUCUAGUGUCGAUUACAACCGGUUAUUGUGCGUCGGCCAGAGCAAUUUUUCCCUGAAGGUAAUGGAUUUGCCAUGGCCCAACGGCUCCCCGAUUCAACGAGACUGUCUGUGCUCAAAUCGAUCAUUACCAAUCACAGUCAAGUCGCUAUCCAACAUCGUGGAGGUGCAUUUUGUCGUGCACUCUAUGAGCUCCCUCGACGACUAUAAUAAUCUGUUCUUCGAGGGUGUUUGGGACUUUGUCAAAGCAGUACCCUGUCUGCAGAAGCGACGGGUUAGGGGGCCGUCCGGUGAAAUAAAGUACGAGUCACCGGUCGCUGAGGAGGAAGAGAGCUACUGUCGAAACCACCCAUGGCUCAUAGAUCCGGGCCCCAAUCAGUACCUCUACGUGCAGACCCACGGAAGGAUCAUGAAGAAUGACACGAAAUGCCUAACGAAGAACAGAGUGAUCCUGCACACAGGGGGGACUCUCAACGUGGCUGUGUGUCCGAGGCCUGAGAGUGACUCGAGACAUCAAGUCGUCGGGGUUUUCAGCAAGGGCUGGACGACUCAGAGUUACGCAACGAUGCUGAUCGCUCCAAGCUUCGAUCCGAUGAGGAGCGUUGCCGUUGAGUUCAUCGUUAACGAGCCAGACAUCCACACUGUCACGUGGCUUGAGAUGACGAGGAGGCCAGCCCUGAAGACCCCCCCGGAAGGGCUCCAAAUGCCGCGAGACUGCGAGCAACGCUGUCCAGAGUUGGAUGCCUGCAUAAAUGCGUCCCUCUGGUGUGACGGCACCUCCCACUGUCCCUCGGGCUACGACGAAGCAUUGACCCACUGCUCCAUGCUCCUUCGCCUGCCGCCCCUUCAUCUAGCCGUUGGUGCCCUUCUAAUUCUAUCAGUCAUCGGCGCUAUAAUCUUCGUCUCAUGGCGCGUACUACGGCGAAAAACAAAUCGCUCAAUCUCCCAGCAUCGCUUGAAGAGCAUUUCAUCAGAGACAGCGAUAAUCGAUGGAAAAGAAGUGAUAUGCUGACAAAGCGACAGUUCUGUGCGAUACGUUGAAAUUGACCGUGUUACAACGGUGUGACGCACAUUUCCAUUAUUCAAAUGUUCCAGAUUAAACAGCAGGGAUAAUUAUUGCAGAGCCAUUGUGUCAUCACUGCCCACCAAAAUUUUUUGUAAUAAUUCCCGUAAUUUUCAAUGAGAGAAUAUUUUAGUAAAUUGGAAUGGAUAAGUGACGUCUGAACGUAACGCCCAGAACUGGUAUCAAUUCACUGGACACUGUGAGUGGAAGCAGGUGUGAUGUUUUACUAAUAGUGAAUUUUCAAUUUUGGGAGAGGACUCAGGUGAGUGCAGUGGAAUGUUUCAAUUGUGAGUUUUUUUCGGAGGUGGUGGGGUCCUGCAGGUAAAUCAAGCAACAGACAAUUACGUCGGGCGUUUUUAUUUGAUCGGAGAUGUUAACGAUGAAUGUUGAAAAAAAAUAUUCAUUCUAUAGAUUUUAUAUUUUAUAUUUUAAGUUAUAUUUUAUAUUUUGUAUUCAAAAUUUUUUGACAUUUGCAGAAAGUUUUAAUGAAAAAUAAUCGAAAAAUUGGAUAAGACAGUGGGGAAAAAUGUUAAAUAUAGAGAGACAAAUCAAUUUAAUCAAUUCGUUAAUAAUUUGUUUAUUUAUUUAUUUGAAAGACAAGAGGAAAAAAAGUUGAUUUGAAGAAUUAAAAUUCGAGCGAGUAAUGCACGACGUAAUUGUUGAAUUUCUGAGAGUAAUUAUUCUUUCCCCCGUCCGCAGUGUCUCUCGAUUCCCACGAUUUCAUCAUCAAUAGAAGAUCUGCGAGAUCUACUUCUAGAAAUAGAGUAUUUCUUCGAUAGUACUUUGGAUUUUUCGAACUCUUUCGUUUCACAAUGACAAUAAACUUCCAUGGAAUUAGAGAUUUAACGAUGUAAAUUGUUAUCCAGAGGCUCUGCGGAUAAUGCCACCGUUACACGUGUGAAAAAAUUCCAUAGGAUUUUCUAUAGAAUUUGGUAUAGGAAGUCGUGCAGGAAAUUCUAUCGAAAAUCAUAGGGACAAUCCCGUCCGAAAAUUCCUGUAGGGAAUUUUUUAAUUCUCGAUAAGAUUUUCUGUAGAAAAUUCUAUAAGGCAUUCUAUAAGAAAUCCUAUAAGCCGUUCUAUAGAAAAACUUAUAGAAAAUUCUAUAGACCAUUUUAUGGAAAAUAAUAUAGAACGUCCUGCAAAAAUCAUAUCGAACAUUCUACAGAAAAUCAAAUCGAAAAAUCUAUUAAAAAUCCUAUAGCCAAUGUUCUAUAGGAAAUCUUAUAGAAAGUUCUAUAGACAAUUCUAUCCAAAAAUUUCUGCAGGAAAUGUCCGAAUUUUCCGUAUGAUUCCCUAUUAGAAAAUCCGAUGAAAAAUUCUAUUCGAAAUCCUUUAGGCCGUUCUAUAGGAAACCCUAUAGAAUAUUCUAUAGGCCAUUCUAUAGAUCAUAUAGAACGUCCUGCAGAAAAUCCUAUCGGGCAUUCUACAGAUAUUGCAAACGAAAAUUCGGGGGAACAUCCUAUAGCCAGUGUUCUAUAAGAAAUCCUAUAGAAAGCUCUAUACAAUUAUAUCCAAAAUUUCCGAUUGGGAAUGUCCAAAUUUUCGAUAUAAUUCUCUAUAGAAAAUUCUAUAGAAAAUUCUAUAGCCAACGUUAUAGCAUUUUUUUACACGUGUAAAAUCAGAAUAAUGUAAAAAAAACAGAAAAAUAUAGGAAUAAAUAUAUUCAUGCAAAUGUUGACUUCAACAAGUGUCGGGAGUAAAAUUUUCUUAUGAGAAUAAAUAAAUGAGUAAACAAUACAAAAAGUAGUUUUGUGAUUGUGCACUAGUGGAAAAUAAUUAGGUAACGACCAAGAAAUGAAAACGAGGAAAUUGGGUUUUUCGAGGUGUGAAAAAUCCGGAAAUUCGGUGGUUAGACAUUUACAGGGGAAUUUAGACGAGAUUAAUAAAUCAUUUAAUGUAGCAUUGGUUAGCCAGGAAUCAUGUGAUAUAAUGCUGUUUUCAUUCGGAGCUGCGCUUCGAAAUUGAGGGAAAAAAAUUGUUACGCCGAGGUAGAGCACGAGAGUACAGAGUCAUGACAGAGAAAUGGAAAUAAUUAUUUCAUCCGGAAAAAUGGGGAUUUAAUAUGUCAAUGAUGUUGUAUCUCGGCUCAUGUAAAACUUUGUUUAUAAAAUGUACAUAUGAGAGCAAUUUUAAUAUCUUCAAUAUUAAUGAUCAGCCUUUGCAAGCACAUAUUCAUUGAUUUUUGGGUAUAUUUUGAGAAUGAAACUUUCCGAUUGGGAAAUUUGAAUGGUCUUCAAUCGUAAAUAUCUCUUGAGCAGACGAUGCGAUUUGGACAAGUCAGGUCUCAUUUUGAAAACUCGAAAAUUAUCUUGAAAAUGAAAAAAAAAAUUGGGGCAUUUCACUCUGCCGUUCGCGGGUUAUUGCCGAUUGAAAAUGGAAAAAAUUAUUUGAUCAUUUUUUCGACUCCAUAAAGUGGGAGAAAACGAACUGUCUUCAAUCGUCGAUAUCUCCCGAUCUAAUGAUGCGAUUUGGGCGAGUCACCGCUCUUUUUAAAGACGAAGAAAUUAUCUUGAAAAUGAAGAAAAAAAUAGGGGAAUUUUACUCUGCGGUUCUCGAGUUAUUGUCGAGUGAAGAUCUUGAAUAUGGCUGUUCUCAAAGGCUGAUGCAGGGCUUCUUACUAUUAAUUCAUAAGUGUAAACUUCCAGCAGGCACUCGACCCACGAAAAUUUGAUAAAACUGAGAGGGGGAUGAUGAAGGGAAAAUAUUGUUUUGAGGGCUGAAACUCACGAUACCGUUGUCAACGACGCCAUAACGAAAAAAAAUUUUAAUGUAAGAAUUAAUAUACCUGAAUCUCUGCCAUUAUCACCGCCCAUUAUUGUUCAACCGAGGGGGAUUUGAAAUGUUAAGAGACAAUCUUUGUGAUAAUUUGUGUAACCAUGAGCAAAGAUAUUGUUUCACCAUUACUUAUGGGUUUUAAUCGAAAGAAGAGAGUUAUUUCUUCGUUAUUUGUAUGUCUUUUACUUUUCGGGACCAAUUUAUUGCCAAAAAAACACCAUAAAAUUUGUCCAAAGUUUGUUUUUUUCUUUUUUACUUUUAUAUUUGGGUAAUUGAGUGUUUUGCCAGCUUUGUUGAGGAGUCAACUGCCGGAUGAAUGCCCCAGACUAAAGUUUUUCAGAAAAUAUGAAUUACAAAACAGUAGCGAAGCCGUAAAACGGUUCAGACGGUAAAAUUUUUAUGACCUUUUUUGUAGAGCGAAUUGCGGGCUACAAAAAAGGUUUUUACGAAAAUUUCGUUAUCUCCCUUGGAUUCGGAAAUAAAAGCCGAAUUUGACCGUUUUACCGGUUCGCUGUUGAAAUGUAAAUUAAAUUUUCCGCAGCAUUUUCUGUUUUAUUUAUUUGGCCUAGUCGCGAGCAUCGGGUCUGACAUUGUCACCAUGUAUGCAAUAAUGAAGCUUGAUUGAGAAAAUGUUCCUGUUGGUAACUGUAAAUAACUCAGCGUAUGAGAUAGAACGUUAACUCCUAGAGAUCGAGGUGUACGUUAGAAAAUUGAUGAUGAGAAAAUUAGAAAAAUCUAGACGUAAUCUGGUAUAAUUAUAAUCACUAUUAAACGAUGUGAAAUCAUAUCUACGACGCGUUGAGGCUCUUCGAUUAAAAAAAAACAAUACAAUAAAGUGUGGAGUGAGUGAAUUGAUAGUUGAUAACGUGGAAAAUUCUUGACUCAAAUUUGUUUGUAAUGAAAAUUAUAGGUGAACUAUUUACUUGUGAAUUCAAUGCGACAUUGGUAAGUUCAUUUCAGCGAUUAAGAGUUGAAAGGUGACGCUUUUUAUCCAGAGUGAAUGAUAAUAUUGCUGUUGGUGCAAACAAAUUUUACAUUAAUACUGAGACUGACUCGCACGGUGAAAUUGGAAUAAUUUGGGGGAGGAAUGGGGCUGAGUGGACAGGCCUUGAUCGUCAAAGGAGGCUUCACUCUGCCCCACUCUCCCUUACUCAAUAAAUUGACCGGUUUCACCUGUUUUCUCACCGUCAGAAAAUGAUAAAGACAUACUCAAGACUGCCGUACAUCUUGUAAUUUAUCAGGUAACAAUAAUCCAUGGUGGAGUUCGAUAAAAGAAAACAAGUGGGAAAUUGCUUUCAUCACAACAUAGUCAAUAUAUUUUUGCUAAUCAAUUAGCAAU